AUGAAUCAUAUGCUUUCUGCAUGCAGGAUACAUCAUCACGAAGUGCAUGUGAUAUACCAAAUGCAAUAUGUUCACGAGCGUCACUGCGGGAAUGUGCACACAAAGAACAAGGAUCUAGACGCAGAUAUCAUAUUUACCAGGGUUAAGGACGCUCGCCAGCAGUUUACCAAUGACUUCUUGGAUUUUCAACGCAAUGAUGCAUUAUACUGGGUGGUAGAGUUAGGUUCCGGUGUGAUCCAUCACAACUGGCCUGCUACAAUGACUUCUGUGCAUCAGUACAAUGGCUAUCAGGCUGGGGUGAUGCCCAAUUGUUGUAAAGACCUGGAAGUGGCUGUAGUCGUGACUUUCAACAGAGGGGGCGCCUAA